GAUGAAGAAUAUUUUAUGUUUGGUGAAUUAGCAGGAUCUCUUUCUCACAGUCCAACUGCAGCUCCAGUAUCAAGAUUUGGCAAUUCCCAUCACCCAAAACCCCAAAAACCUCAAACAACAAUUGCAAAUGCUUUCGAUUGGGUCCCUGUCUCCAUUCCAAAGAAUCCCAUUAAAUCCUGUAAGAUCCCAUCAUAAAUCUGCAAGGCCCCAAAUUUCUAUUUGCAGCCUUUCUGCCUCGAAACCCAUGGCCGCACCAGCAGCAGUAACAAGUAGUUUUGGGUUCAACAAUUUGAUGGAAACUUUCUCAGUUGAAGUGCACAGAGCAGAGAACAGACCACUGAAUGUACCCUUGAUUGCUCCUUUCACCAUAGCUUCUUCUCGGCUAGAUAAGGUUGAGAAUGUUGCUAUCAGGAUUGAGUUGAGAAAUGGGUGUGUGGGUUGGGGUGAGUCUCCAAUUCUGCCUUUUGUUACUGCAGAGGAUCAGACAACAGCCAUGGCCAAAGCUAGCGAGGCCUGCCAGCUUCUCAGAAGUUAUCCUGCCAUGACACUAGGCGCGGUAUUGAGGGAGAUCGGUGGACUUUUGCCAGGGCACGAGUUUGCUUCUGUUAGAGCGGGAGUUGAGAUGGCAUUGAUUGAUGCAGUUGCAAACAGCAUUGGCAUACCUUUAUGGAGACUUUUUGGUGGAGCUACAAAUACAAUAACCACUGAUAUAACAAUUCCUAUUGUUUCCCCAUCAGAAGCUGCUGCUUUGGCUUCAAGUUAUGGCAAACAAGGAUUCACAACUUUGAAACUCAAGGUGGGAAAGAACUUAAAGGCUGACAUUGAAGUUUUACAAGCUAUACGCAUGGCUCACCCUAAGUGUUCAUUCAUCUUAGAUGCAAAUGAGGGGUACAAACCUGCGGCGGCUAUUGAAGUUCUUGACAAAUUACAUGAAAUGGGGGUGAUUCCUGUUCUUUUUGAACAACCAGUUCAUAGAGAUGAUUGGGAAGGUCUUGGUCAUGUUAGUCAUUAUGCAAAAGCCAAAUAUGGGGUAUCUGUUGCUGCAGAUGAGAGCUGUCGCAGCUUAUCUGAUGUAAAGAAAAUAGUGGAAGGAGAACUUGCAGAUGUUAUUAACAUCAAGCUUACCAAAGUUGGCGUCCUUGGUGCUCUUGAAAUCAUCGAGGUGGCUAGGAAAUCGGGACUGAAUCUGAUGAUUGGUGGUAUGGUUGAAACUAGGCUUGCAAUGGGUUUUGCCGGCCAUCUUGCUGCUGGCCUUGGGUGUUUCAAAUUCAUUGAUCUAGAUACUCCCCUUCUCCUGUCUGAAGAUCCAGUUCUUGAGGGUUAUGAAGUUCAUGGAGCUGAUUACAAGUUCACUAAUGCUAGAGGCCAUGGUGGUUUCCUUCAUUGGGAUAAUAUUGCAUGCAAGUUAUUAGUUCCCAUUUCUCAUGCUUAUGGUGCCAUUUAAUUGCAGAAAUUAGAAAUCAAGUUCCAUUGUGGUCAAGGAGCUCCCUUAGUUUUGAAGGGCUUCCGAACAAAUAAACAACGCAUAAGAGAAUCUCAUUUUUGCAGACUAACAAAAGUGCUUGCAGGUGAGAUGCUCAGUACCUGUGUAAUUGCAGUGGUCUUCAUUUUGAAAAAUUUCUUCACCGCAAAUACAGCUGUUUCUUAUCUAUGGGAUUGUGUUAUUAUUGCAAUUUGAACUUCUGAGGGCAAAACAAUCUCAUUAAACAGAUUCUGUAAUUCAUUUUGCCAUCAGACUUCUUGUAUUCAAUUGAACGUAUUUACGAUUGUUGUUUACUUUUAGCAUUGUAUCUUUUUGUUGUACAUUUUCAGAAUAUCAUUUCCUAGUUUAGAUCCUGUUAUUGUCUUUACCAUAUAUCAAAUACAACUUUCUUUGUCCU